AUCGUUUGUCGCGCCCGUCCAGUACGUGGAGUACUUCAUCGACCGGGGCAUGCUGGGCGUGACCAAGGAGCUGCAGCACCUGGUGCUGGAGUACCGCGGCGAGGAGGUCGGCCCGCACACGCACCGCACCUGGGACUCGGGCGGGACGCUGCGCCUGCCCGUCAUGCCACCCUCCCUGGUCGGCGUGUGCCGGCUGCUGCAGAUCUACUACGUGCUCAAGGUCAACCUCGAGUUCGAGCGCUCGGGCGACGACCUGCAGAUGCACUUCCCGCUGACCAUCGCCACGGUCCCGUUCCGGAUCCCCAACAGUCCGCAGCAGCCCAACAUUCAAUACGAGGUGGCGAGCGAGCACGUUGAGGGCGGCACCUACAUCGGCCCCGAGUUCCUGUUGGGGCAGGUGUACGACGGCAGCACCAGCCUCCCGCAGGAGACCGUCGUGCUGUACAGGCCCGUGUACGUGUCGGUCGUGCCCAAGGAGUGAUGCCUGCCCGCCGUGGUUGACCGGCAGACAGCUAGAACAAGAACUAAAGGGCCCAAACGUGUACCAUAUCCUCGAGUGAAAUGGACGAGACAUUAAGUGUGUGACGUCACAUUAAGAAAGGACCUGUUUCAGUCAAACUGACGUGUGUGUCAAUUUUGUUUUUCGUGUCGAACUCAUCAUUGGUGAAAAUACACCGAAGAGGACCAAGGUGUAGGGCACACCACAACGGGCGGACAGGCCGCCGAGCGGGCCGCGCAGGGUGAAAUAAUGAGUAAUGUGAGUAGCUAGCUAUGGUUUGUGAUAAGCGCCGCAGGUCGGCCCCGCAGCACCAGCGAGACAGUAGAGGAAGUAUAUAGUUGUUCUUGAUACA